AUGGUCAGACCGCGCGCCCUCCACCUGCUGCGCGCAGUGCGCCAGGCCCCCGCGGCCGCCCCUCGCACACACGCCGCCCGGUGCUACUCGUCGGGCGCGCGCGUGGACCUGACGUUCGACCACCACGAGCCGCCGGCGGGCCGCGAGGCGGCGGCGCCGACCGAGUCGCCCAUCCUCUUCAUGCACGGGCUGUUCGGGUCGCGCAAGAACAACCGGAGCGUGUCGCGGGUGCUGGCGCGCGACCUGGGCCGCCACGUUUACACGCUGGACCUGCGCAACCACGGCGAGUCGCCGCACCACCCGACGCACAACUACAGCGCCAUGGCCGACGACGUCGCCGAGUUCGUCGCCAAGCACCGCCUCCAGGCCCCGACCCUCAUCGGCCACUCCAUGGGCGCCAAGACCGCCAUGGUGCUGGCCCUGGCCGAGCCGGACCUGGUGAACGACAUCGUGGCUGUCGACAACGCCCCGCUGGACGCCGCGCUGGGCUCUGACUUUGCCAAGUACAUCCGGGGCAUGCGGCGCAUCGAGGCGGCCGGCGUGACCAAGCAGAGCGAGGCCGACAAGAUCCUGCAGGAGUACGAGAGCGAGCUGCCGAUCCGGCAGUUCCUGCUGGGCAACCUGCACCGGCCCAAGGGCGAGACGGUGCAGCGGUUCAAGGUACCCCUGGAGACCCUGGCGAAAGAGCUUGACAACAUGGGAGACUUCCCCUUCAAGGACCCGGAGAAGGUGCGGUUCGAGAAGCCGGCACUGUUCGUCAGGGGCACCAAGAGCAAGUACGUGCCCGACGAGGUCAUACCGCUGAUCGGGCGGUUCUUCCCGAGGUUCAGCAUGGUGGACGUUGAUGCUGGCCACUGGGUCAUUUCCGAGAAGCCCGAGGCGUUUUUGAAAGCUGUCAUCGAGUUUCUGGGCCCCAAAGAGUAG